CGUCAGCCGCAUCGAACAACCUCCUGGAAACUUCAGAAUUACCUAAACAUUCGAACGGCUUUCCCCCAACGUGACCGGACGUAACAAAAUGCUCUCCAGCUUGCAAAACCCGCGGCAAGCUGCCAGCCAGCUCUUGAGCUUCGGGCUCAUUCUGAGCACUGCAUUUAUGAUGUGGAAGGGGUUAUCUGUGAUAACAGACUCGCCAAGCCCCAUUGUUGUGGUGCUGAGCGGCUCCAUGGAGCCGGCGUUCCAGCGGGGCGAUCUGCUCUUCCUCCACAACCGGGACAUCCUGAAGGAGCCUGGCGUGGGCGACAUCGUGGUGUACAACGUGCAGGACAAAGAUAUCCCCAUUGUCCAUCGCAUCGUUCAGAAGUUCGGCAAGGGACCCAAGGCGAAGUUCUUGACCAAGGGUGAUAACAACGGCGCCGACGACGCGGCUCUGUACGCGAGAGGACAGGACUACUUGGCCCGGACGGACAUAAUAGGGCGGGUCGGGGCGUACAUCCCCCUCGUCGGAUAUGUCACCAUCAUGCUCUCGGAGCAUCCCUGGAUGAAGACGGUCAUGCUGGGAUUGAUGGGUCUGAUGGUGGUCAUGCAGCGAGAAUAGAUUGGUGGGAGCUCGGGCCAGAUUCGUGGGUGUGAAGUGACGGAUAUCGCUGGUUGCACUUGGGUGGCGCAUUGGACGACUCUGGGACACGAGGUUUGGAAGUUGUAAAUACACUAGAUUCACCCUCCCUCCCAAACCAUUUGCCUCGCCUUCCCAAACAACACUUGUCGAAGAGACUCCACAAAAGUAGGAGUCUGUAUAGGCCUCGUGGGUCGCCUUAUCUCUAUCCUCUGAUUCCUCAAAUUUUUGUUCUCCUGACCUCUUGACGCCCCCUUCCCGUUAGGUUUAUUGGAGAAGUCCAUCUUGAGCCUUCCUAGAUUCCAUGGCCACCUCAGCCGACAGCUUCUUUAUCACAUCGUCCCACGUCAAC